AUGUCCUACUUCGUAGGCGCCGACGCAGUAGCAGGUGGAAUUUCCGAGGACCACGGCUUUGCAAUCAAUGGCGGCAAGGGUUGGUCAGAUGUGACCUUCAACAACCACCAGAUCGACUUGAACGGGAAUGUUGCCAUUGCGAUGGGCAACUAUAGCUUUACUUCCGCUUCAGACGGCAGCAUCAGCAAGGUGGAAUACACUUUCGGUUACAAGAAGUGCCAGGAUGGCAAAGUGCGCAUUUGCCUUCACCAUUCAUCAGUUCCAUACCAGGGAGCCGGCAUGUCAGUCUCAAUGGAAGAGGUGAAAGCCGCCCAGAGAGCAUGGGCAGAUGCGAUCAAAAACAUUUCGAAGGCAUAUUUGGAUGGGGACGAUUAUGUGGCAGUGGCCACUCGUGCAGCCGGUGAACUCUAUGGUUAUGGCCACGGAAAUGUGCUUUUCAAGCCGACCAAGGCAAAGGACAUGCAGUUCCGCCCGGAAGCAAGCCAGGCGUUGUCCUACUUCGUAGGUGCCGACGCUGUGACGGGUGGCAUUUCCGAGGACCACGGCUUUGCGAUCAAUGGCGGCAAGGGUUGGUCAGAUGUGCUGUUUGACAACCACCAGAUCGACGUGAAUGGGAAUGUUGCCAUUGCCAUGGGGAACUACUUCUUUGCCUCUGCCGAGGAUGGAAGCAUCAGCAAGGUGGAAUAUACUUUCGGUUACAAGAAGUGCCAGGAUGGUCAGGUGCGCAUUUGUCUCCACCACUCAUCAUUGCCUUAUCAGGGUGCUCCAACACCCGAGGACACGUCCGCGCAUCAUUAUGCUACCUUGCGGCAUGGCGGUGCAGCUCUCUUGAGGCAGAGAGGGAGGAGAGGAGACUUCGAUUGUUGGGAGUCACAGCGGAAACUCCAAGGUGAGUGGAGACAGGCCAGUGUCCAUGCACUUCGUGGUGCGGUGCAUGCAGUGCAGGCAUCGUGUUUCGCAACGGACAUUCGAGCGCGGUGCUUCCGUGCAGAGCACCAGAUUCCAAGCACCGCCAUAGCAAGGCUUCGACUUCGGCUCAUUUCCCUGCGUGAGUUGCGUGUGCGUGCAGUCGCCUUCUUGGACUUCACCGGCUUUUUCCGGGGCCUCUCUGCGAGAUGCGACAUGCCUUCACAGGAGGCACAGCUUCGCUUUGGAGCUUUCUAUUUUUCUCCAGCAUCCAAAAUCACGCGGCAGCCCAUGCUGCUUCCCACCGCCACCAUCGCACCGCGGGGGAAGAGCUUCUCUGCCUCAGUUUGGUGGUUGCUCUGCUGCAUAAUGCUGGCGAAUCGCCUCGCUCGACUCCAGACCACCACUUUCCAGCCAGUUUGGAACAGCGUGAGCAUUGCCAGUCUCCGGCUGAUUGUGCUCUUGUGCGCUCUCGGACUUCUCGCUUGUGCCUUCGACGUGGCAUCUGGCGCAGCCAGCUUACCCGUGGUCUUUGCUUUCCAGGGCCGCUUCGCUCACAACACGGUCAUGCUGCUGGCAUUUCGAGCCACUCUGUCUGCCGUCGGAGCUGCUUGCUCGCCUCGUCGACAAGCGAGCCCAUGCGCGAACCGCGACAGAAGUGCCCCCGCGCUCCUCGACGCUGCUGACUUCAAAGCUGACGGCUUGCAGCUUCUCGUGUGCACUGCAUGUCGGCCCCGCUUCCAUCCUGCUACGACCGCACGUUUUGGUGGUGCCGUCCUUUUGUGCAUCAAUCAAUGCUUCCGGCUGGCCUCGAAGCGGCGUUGUCGUGGCGAGGAUGCAGCAGAGUCAGCAGCUGCACCUCUUUUCGAGUCUCCCAUGGUGUGCCGCUACCUUGAAAAGGACUCCAAGGAUCCGUGUAUGGGGCUAGGUCCCUGUACGCUGCCGUCCUUACUUCCGAAUCAGCGCGAUUACGGUUACGCGUUGUUGCUUCGGUGGCUGGUGAUGCUGGUGCGAGUGAGGCAGCUGCGCUUCCACGGCCGCUUCGCUCCCACCGCGGUCAUGCUGCUGGCAUUUCGAGCCAACCUGCCGUCGGCUGCCCGCCUCGGCAAGCGAGCCCAUGCGCGAACCGCCACAGAAGUGCCCCCGCGCUCCUCGUCUCGUGAGGCAAUCCGCUCAGCACAGAUUCCGGCCUGCCACAACAAGGAGGGCCAGGCAGCGCAAGAGCAGAAGUUGUCAACUACUGUCAAAGUCCUGGGUGCCCUUGGCUUGAUGACAACCCUUGGUCUCGGCUUCGUGGCACCGCGCCCAACAGCGCAGAAGCCACAUCCCUUGUCUCAUGCCACACUGGAUGCAAGAGUGCAAAGUGCGAGCAUCACAACAGGCUCUACUGCCAUGUAUGGUGUUGCGGUCCUGGCUACUGCAGCAGCUGGACUCUUGGCCCGUGCCAAGCGCUCCAGAAUUGCCGCACGGGCGCAGCCGUCGCACGGCAGAAAGUUCGAGUACUCCAUGCAAAAGGAUGCACAUGCCGAUUACGAGUUCAUCAAUGAGGUCGGCUACCUGCCCGAUGGCACGCCGUUGAACAAAGCCGGCAACGCCAUCAACCAUCCCGAGACCAUCGGACCGGAUCCACACACGCCGGGAUCGCCACUGCCUCGGGCCAUCUUCACCAACUCCGUUGGCUACCUCCCUGAUGGAACACCCCUGAAUGCAGCAGGCAACGCCGUGAACCAUCCUGAGACCAUGCAGCCGGAUACACACAUUCCCGGUUCGCCGCUGCCGCCGUCCUUCUACGCUGCCGACACGGGCUACCUGGUGGAUGGCACGGACAUGAGAGUGGCAGGCAACCUGUCUGUUCAAGGGGGCGAGGUGAUCACUGCCCAGAAAGGGUGGGCAGAUGCGAUCAAAAACAUCUCAAGGACCUACUUGGACGGCGGGGAUUACGUGGCAGUGGCCGCAAAUGCAGCCGGCGAGCUCUACGGAUAUGGCCACGGCAAUGUGCUUUUCAAGCCAACCAAAGCCAAGGAUGUUCAAUUCCGCCCUGAGGCAAGUCAGGCCAUGUCUUACUUCGUAGGCGCCGACGCUGUGACUGGUGGCAUCUCGGAGGACCACGGCUUCGCAAUCAAUGGCGGCAAAGGUUGGUCCGAUGUUUUCUUUGACAACCACCAGAUCGACUUGCACGGCAAUCUGGCACUUGCCAUGGGUAACUACAUCUUCACAUCUGCAGAGGACCGAAGCAUCAGCAAGGUGGAAUACACCUUCGGCUACAGGAAGUGUCAGGAUGGCAAAGUGCGCAUUUGUCUUCACCACUCGUCCGUGCCAUAUGAGCACACCGCCGCACCAGUUUCCAUGGAGGAGGUGAAAGCGGCCCAGAGGGCAUGGGCGGAAGCAAUCAAGAACAUUUCCAAGGCAUACUUGGAGGGUGGGGACUAUUUGUCAGUUGCCAAUCGUGCAGCCGCUGAUCUCUAUGGCUAUGGCCACGGAAAUGUCCUCUUCAAGCCAACCAAAGCCAAGGAUAUGCAAUUCCGCCCUGAGGCAAACCAGGCCAUGUCUUACUUCGUCGGCAACGACGGGAUGGGUGGUCAAGGAAUUGCUGAGGACCACGGCUUCGCAAUCAAUGGCGGCAAGGGUUGGUCAGACGUGAUGUUCGACAACCACCAGAUCGAUUUGAAUGGAGAUCUGGCGCUUGCGAUGGGCAACUACUUCUUCAGCGACAUGGAUGGCGGCAUCCACAAGGUGGAGUACACAUUCGGAUACAAGAGGUGCCUCGACGGGAAAGUGCGCAUUUGUCUCCACCACUCGUCCGUGCCAUAUCAGGGAUCUCCGGAAUCCGCCGAGUCUGGACACAUGAGCAACAUGUCUGCUACGCCUAUGCCCGUGGCGGCCGCAUUUGUGGGAUCGUCUGUCCCUGCAAGUACCCCAUUGCGCCAUUCUAUGGGCUUCGCGUAUUCCGCACAGAAGGAUGCCUAUGCAGACUUGGAGUUUGGCAAUGAUGUUGGCUAUUUGCCGGACGGCACACCCAUGAACAUGGCGGGCAACUGCAUCAAUCAUCCCGAGACAAUUGGACCAGACCCACAUACACCAGGCUCGCCCCUGCCACGAGCUCUCUUCGUGAACGACGUGGGGUACUUGCCCGAUGGCACACCCCUGAACCAGGCAGGAAACGCCAUCAACCACCCCGAAACCAUUGGAACCGAUCCUCACUCUCCAGGGUCACCUCUCCCAGCGGCAAAAUACGCUGCGGAUGUGGGAUAUCUCGUGGAUGGCACACCCUUGGAUUCCGCGGGCAACAACGCAGUGCACUAA